GGUUGCAGUGGUCGUGACCGCUAGCAGCCUCCCUGCUUUUUCGAACCAAAAUAGACCAGUACACUAGUGGACGUUGUGCAAGGUGGUCGUACGGUGUGUGCCAUUGUGUUUCUUUGACCAGUGAUUUUUGAGAAAGUGGUUUCUUUUUGUGCUUUUUUGUUUUGUUUCAAAUUGAAUCAGUUGAAAAUGUUUUCCAUUGUGGUGGUUAUGUCAACAAUGGCAUUGUUGUUGAUGUCCGGCUUGACAGUCGUCUCGGCUGCAUCUGAAACCGGCAAGCAUCAUUAUAACAUUUCGGGAAUUCUCAAUGGACUUCAAGUCGGUUACGAUAAACGCGUCCGUCCCAAUUACGGAGGAAUCCCUGUGCAGAUUGAAGUGUCUAUGGGAAUCAUUACCAUCAGCUCGCUAUCAGAAGUCACAAUGGAUUUCACGCUGGACGUUUAUUUCCGACAGUUCUGGACAGACAAUCGUCUUUCGUUCCAGCGACAACGAGGAGUAGAGAUUUUAUCGGUCAGUACGGAAUACCUUCGCAACAUGUGGGUACCGGACACAUUUUUUCCCAACGAGAAAACAGCUUAUUUGCAUACAGUCACGACGUCCAACGAAUUUGUUCGCAUCCGUCACGAUGGCGAAAUAACCCGCAGCAUGAGAAUUACUAUCACGGCAUCGUGUCCCAUGAACCUGAAAUAUUUUCCGCUAGACAGUCAACUAUGCCCCGUUGAAGUUGAAAGCUUUGGAUUCACGACCAAUGAAAUUUGGUACAAGUGGGUAGACGGACCGAAAGCUGUUUCCAUUUUUCCCGAAGUCGAAUUACCUCAAUUUCAAGUCAUGGGCUAUCGCAAAAGAGAAUACAGUUACAGUCUUACAACUGGCAAUUAUUCGCGAUUAGCCUGCGAUAUUCAAUUUGUUCGCUCGAUGGGUUAUUAUUUGAUUCAAAUUUACAUCCCGUCGAGUUUGAUUGUCGUCAUUUCUUGGGUCUCUUUUUGGAUUAAUCGAAAUGCGUCUCCCGCACGAGUAUCACUCGGCGUGACGACGGUGCUCACCAUGACGACGCUCAUGUCUUCGACCAACGCCCAACUGCCAAAAAUCUCCUACAUCAAAUCCAUCGAUAUUUACCUGGGAACUUGUUUCGUCAUGGUCUUUGCUUCUCUUUUAGAAUACGCUGCCGUGGGGUAUAUCGCUAAACGAAUUGAAAUGCGGAAGAAACGCUACCAGAAUCUACAAAAGUUGGCCGAACAAAGACGGGCAGCCAUGCAGGCCAGCACGAACGCAGGAUCUCUGGAUGGCGAGACGGCCUCAUCCACUGUCGCCAAAUCACACUGCAAGAAUAAUAAAUCGGGAAGUAGCACGGUGGUUCAGGUGACGGCUGUUGGUGAUACGGACGACCUGGCGCUGGUCAGCCAGGGCAAGAACCUCAACGUCAUGUACGGCGCUUCACCGUCAACCAUUGACAAAUAUUCCCGCGUCAUUUUCCCCGUUUGUUUCAGCUGUUUCCACCUCAUGUAUUGGACGAGGACGUACAAAGAAUUCAAUAUCGAAUGGGUUCCACCACCAAAAGUUUCAUGCCUAGACCCUUCAAAAAGUGGGGACAGAGGAGCAAUGCCCAAGUUGGAUUUGAGCCGUCCUCAAUUUAAAUUUUCACGCUAUAAGUCAGAAGCUCAGUUCACAGACCGUGAAGAUAUCUCUUCUGAUGUUAAAAAAGUAACUUCCCUUGAAUUUGCUCCACUGAGCAAGCAAGUUCAGGUCAUUAAGCACGAUGUUCUUGGAAACAUUCAGAGACACACCUUUGAUUGUGCAUCUCUAGAAUCUGCAAUUGCUUGCCUUACAAUUAAAAUCCGAAACCAACAGCGCCAUACGAAAACUUGCAAGAGAGAUGUCAUGUCGCGGGUCAUCUGCAAAGAGAAUAUCGAUCGCCGAAAUUCCCUUCUAAAACACCUUAGGAAAAUUGAUUACAAACGAUUUGAAUGGCUGCUAGAAAAACUUGACCUCGUCUAUCAUCCACAUCCCGAGACCAUCGUUCCGGUCACCCGAAAAGGUUCCAUCAUGAAACUAACGACAAUUUACUGUGAGCGGAUGCGCAAUGAACGUCUUGAAGCAUACAAGGAGGAACUCGAAAAAGAAAAAAUUAAAUUCGCAAAGGAAAAGGCAGAAUUAGAAAAAUGGAUUGAAGACGAAGAAAAACAACUAGGCUUGAGAAAAUGAAUAUUGAUCCCAAGUUCUUUGGUCAACAUAACAACUAUAUUAAUUGUGGCUGUACAAGUGCACAAGAUAUUAGUGGGACGGAAUCAGCAUGUAACACAAUAUGUACAUUUUGUUUUUCUUCAUGGAAUGAUUUCUAAUCUUCCAUAAAAGGAACACCAGUAACAUUUACCUUUUCUUUUUAAAUAAAAGGAUUGCAGUUCUCGUAAAAAGAAUAAUUGGAAGCAACAACGAAGGGGAUAAUACAUUAAAAAAAAAGGAG